CUUGAAGGGACGUCGCUGCGUUGCUAUUAGCAUUAGCAGAGAAGCUUAGUGUGACUUUCCCCAAGGCCGCGACCAUUUCUACAGCUGUGUGAAUAUUUUGUUUGGAAGAAAACGAGAAUGUUGGGCACAGUUAGCCGGCAGUUGAGAACCCACCCGUCUCUGAUCCCCCUCUUCAUCUUCAUCGGAGGUGGCUGUACGAUGUCUCUGUCUUACCUGGCUCGACUGGCUUUACGUAACCCCGAUGUCUGUUGGGACAAAUCCAACAACCCUGAACCCUGGAACAAACUGGGGCCUAACGAGCAGUACAAGUUUUUCAGCGUGAACAUGGACUACGCCAAACUGAAGAAGGAUCGACCCGACUUCUAAAUCCACAGAAUCCUGGAGAAGCCUCUUUUACACACUGCUGGACUAAAGGCUUGAGAGAAAUGAAAAUUAACAACGUAAUUGGUGCAUCCCCCCUCCCUCUCUGGCGUCCUCUGACUCUGAGAAGAGGCACAAUCGCACAAUUUUAACUCUUGUCAUUUGCAAGACCUUUUUUUUGUAAAUUAUUUGGAUUAAAUCCUACUAGUUUUUCUCAUUCUUUGUACUUGUCUACAGCAAAACAAUAAAGGAGGCUUAUCUCCCUUGUACAGAAAA